UCAGUUUUGCUUUAUGCCAUUACUUUGCUUAUCUUUUUGCAAUGCAAACAGACCAGCAUGUGUAAAUACAGUGAGAGAAAUGGUUGGGGGAAAAGACAGAAGAAGAGAAAGAGAGAGAGAGGGAGAGAGAGAGAGAGAGAGAGAAAGAAACAGAGAGAGGGAGAGAGACAGAAAGAGAGUAAUUAGGACCACCCCUACACCCCCCUCCCCAUCAGUCCAGGCAGCACGCUUCUUUUCCGCUGCUUCGAUACUGCAAGCCACAUUGGAACUGCUUUGUCUUUUAUUCGAAUUGUAUUUGAAUUCAGACUGCAGGAGGCUGGCUGGGGAUCAGGCGGAGAGGACCAGAGAGCCCGCCGUUUAAACCAGACAAUAAACCAGAGUCAGCACUGCGGACAGCGAACAUGUGCUUUAAGCGCUGUUCUGAACCGCCGGUGUAAUUGGUUGAGGCGCUGUCCGUGGUGCUGAAACCGCCACUGUUAUUGGUAGUAGCGCUAUCCGUGGUGCUGAAACCGCGCGUUUUAUAGACAUAGAGCUGUCCGUGGUGCUGAAACCGCCACUGUUAUUGGCUGUGCCGCUGUCCGUGGUUCUGAAACCGACGCCGCUAUCGGUAGUUGCGCUGUCCGUGGUUCUGAAACCGACGCCGCUAUCGGUAGUUGCGCUGUCCGUGGUGCUGUAAACCGCCAGCGUUAUUGGUUGUAGCGCUGUCCGUGGUGCUGAAACCGCCGCUAUUGUUGGUUGAGGCGCUGUCCGUGGUGCUGAAAUCGCCACAGCUUGUAGUAGCGCUUGUCUGUGGUCCUGAAACCACCUCGUUCAUAAUUGCAGCUCUGUCUACUAAGCUGCCGAAACCACCACGCUUUCACAAGACUGCCGACGGAAAGCAUUCCUGCUCUGAUGCGAGUUCAAGCCUUGCGAUGCUCUGAAGAAGGAUGGAGAUGUUCACUGUGCUUUUCCUGAGCUCUUUCAGCGUCUCUUUGGUUGCAGCUGACAGCUUAGCUCCUCCUGUGAAUGUGUCGAUCAGGGAUCUGAAGGCUAACUCUGCUGCUGUGACAUGGGACAUCCCCGACGGAGAGCCGGUCAUUGGAUUCGCCAUCACUCAGCAGAAGAAGGAUGUACGCAUGCUACGCUUCAUACAGGAAGUGAACACGACCACUCGGAGCUGUGCAUUAUGGGAUUUGGAGGCAGACACGGACUACAUUGUGCAUGUGCAGUCUAUCAGUGUGCGUGGAACCAGUCCAGCCAGCGAGCCAAUACACUUCAGAACACCAAAGGAAGCAGAGAAACAGGCCUCUAAGAGUAAAGACGAAGUCACCAUGGAAGAGGUGGGACAGACCACUCAACUCAGGGCGGGGGAGCUCAUCAUCAUUGUGGUGGUGCUAAUAAUGUGGGCAGGUGUGAUCGCCCUCUUCUGUCGCCAGUAUGACAUCAUCAAAGACAACGAGCCCAACAACAACAAAGAUAAAGCCAAGAAUUCCUCAGAGUGCAGUACCCCCGAGCACCCGUCGGGUGGGCUGUUGCGGAGCAAGCAGCAGCAGCAGCAGUUCCACAAGAACCCCACUGUCGGCCGGCUGUCACCAUCCGUAACCAUUAUCGAAGUGUGAUGGAUUGGCGUCUUUCUUCAGCAAAGGACUAUAAGGCUUCAGUGCACAGCUGAUCCAGCUGCUCCAGAUGAUCCAGCUGAGCUGAGCUGAUCUGAUCGCUGGGAUGUUCCAGGUGAUUAUUGUGGCGACUGGCUCCAGCAAGCCUCGGAACUGGGUCAGAAGAACUGGAGACCUGGCCUCAGCGAGAGGCUUUAGUGAAAGGUCUGAGAGAAAAGCCUGAUGAGGGAAAGGCCACGGAGCGUCUCCCCCCGAGCCUCCACAGGUUUGGGGGUUUGGGAGAUAAAGCGAGAGCCGUGGCCGGCCUGCGGAGAGGUGAUUAACUCCAGCAGGGUGCCACAGAAUGAAAAGCAGGGCAGGACGAUGGGCUUUUCUGCGCUUCUUAUCAAUAAACAACCAGCUGCUUUUCGGCAUCAUCAUACGAGCACGGCUGAGGAGAUACAGGAAACCCAUAGGCUGACAUCUCUUCCGCUCUUUUCUUCUGCUCCUAAUCCCUCCAUUUUUCUGCAAUUUGCUUUUCUUGCAAAUUUCUUUUUUUUGAGUCCGGCUUGAGUUCCAUGCUUGUUCUCAAAGCUUUUCUUAAGCUUUUCUCCUUUUACAGCUUUCUAAUGAUGCUUUCUAGUAAAGUGUUGAUCAUAAUAGUCGUCUUUCAUCAUCCUCGUCGUCUUCAGCUCCAGCUUUUGUUUUUUAUAAAGCUGUUUGUUUUAUUGAUGCUGAACAUUUGGAUUUUGCUCAGUUGAGAUGUUGAAUUUAUAACAAUUCUAGCACUUAUACUCUAAAAAAAGUACAGAUUAACACUUGAUUAGCACUUAAUUUAAUAAUGACAGACAUAUCUAAACCCAUUUUCAAUUGAUUUGAAUUAAUGCAUUUGAAUUAAGCUUAUAUGGACUUUGUUACUUCCAUGUAAAAGUGUUUAUAUCUAUAUUUCAUGUUGACAUACUAUAUUUUUUAGACUGUGUCAACAGUCAAACAGUGUAUCAAAUGGGUGUAUACCUUGAGUGUAUGUAUGUGAGUGUAUGUAAGUUAAAAGCUUCUAAUCUUCUUAUUUAAGCUCUUAUUUAAGCUAAGAAAUGCUUUUUAUGUCAUUUUUUCAUAUAUUGUGUUUAUUAUAUCAUAUAAGUCAUGUUGGUAGGUUGUAGGUGAAAUUUUUGCACCACUGCUACACACAGUUUGACAAUUUCAAAUUUCUUGGCUUAAUUGCCAAGAAAAUGGCAUUUUUUAGAGUUUAAGAGGGUUCCUACUCUAGACACUUUGUUUUAAAUCUCAUUUAAUGUCAGAACUCUUGUCAUUUCCUUUAAAUUUUUUAAAGAUUUCUUCCUAUUUGAGGUAGUUUUAGUAAAGUUGGUCAGAUUCUUAAACUUUUAACCACAAAAGAAAAAUCUUAUACCACUGAAAAUGUCCAAUUUUAAGGCAAGUGAAAGCCAUAUAAAUGUACAAUUGUACACAGAUCAGCCAUAACACACUUUAACAUUAAAACCACUUGCCUAAAAUUUGGUAGAUUCCCCUCAUAAGCUCAAAAAGCCAGAUAUGACUUGCUAUAAACUCCACAAGUCCUCUAAAGGUGUUCUAUAGCAUCUACCACCAAGACAUAAGCAGAAAAUCCUUAAGUUGUGUAAAUCGUAAGGAGGGCAUUUAUUUAUUUUCUUGGGUCCUUUAAGCCUGAUGUUUUGUAGAGGUUCUAUCCCGAUAAUCUAAGCAUCAUAAUUCAGUUUCUGUCAAAAUGUCUCAGAUUUCCAAUGUUUCCUUCUGCAAAACAUCACCUU